CCAUGUAAACGUUAACUAAGCCCCCCCCCCCCCCGUUUACUCUGUUGGUACAAAUUGUGAGUUAAUCGGGAUGGGCGGGUUCAAUUCCUACAUUCCGAUACAACUAAUAUAGCUACCCAUAAUUCCUUUGUGAUAAAGAGACGAUUAAUGGGAAUAGAAGACUUAUUAAUAUUAAAUGGUUUGAAGGAAUGGGAAACAUGACGACAAACGAGACUGAUGCCGAUUUUACUACUCUAUAUCAGUGUGUUGUUUGUGAUGAGAUUUUCGAGCAGUACACAGACCUAGAAAAUCACAAGACUAUUCAUGGUGAAGAAGAGAAAACACAACAAAAAGAUGGUGGUGAUAUUUUCCACCAGUGUCUGGUAUGUGAUGCGAUUUUUGAACAAUUCUGUGAUCUAGAAAACCACAACAGAAUUCAUGUACCAGUAAAUGUCGAGGAAGAGGAAAUGGUUGGUGAUGGAUUUUUUCAAUGUAAUUUGUGCGUUGAUAAAUUUAAUUUAAAAAAAUCUGACUUGGAGACGCAUAGUAACAUGCACAUGGAGAAAGAACGGUCGCGAGGCAGCACUUUACAUGAAUGUACAGUUUUUAAAAUGAGCAUGCAACCCUUCAGUGACAUCGCCUUACACAUAUGUGCCUGUAAUAAACGACUAGAAACAGACAACAAAGAAGAAAAUCUCUUUGAAUGUGAUGUUUGUAGUAAAUCAUUUAGUCGGACUGUUCGUUUAAAGGUACCCAAGAAACUCUAUGUCUAUAAAUGUACUGUUUGUAAGCCUAAUAUUGAAUUUGAAGAAUUCUGUCAUCUUGAGGCACAUCGCGAGAUACACGGAAUAUGUCUCCACAAUGGAACAUUUUACCAGUGUAAUGUGUGUGAUAACAAAUUUGAACUAUAUACUGACUUGGAGGAACAUUGUAAAAUACAUGUUCAAGGGGAGAAAGAUGAUGAUAUGGAUUUUAAAAAAGAGAAUGUUGAUGAAGGAGAAUCGGCACAUAUUGGGAGGUUGGAUGGGGAACAAAACAUCCAGCCAUAUUUCGAUUCCGAGGAACACUCAUACAGCAAUUCAAGCAAGUACAUUAGCGCCAUUGAUAUCAUGCAUAUUGGGAUGCUGGAACAUUCCUACUGUAAAAGAGAGGAUUGGCACCGAUGUAUAUUUUGUAAAGAAAAGUUUAAGCAAUAUGGUGAACUUCAAAAACAUUGGAAAGGCCGUAAAUGUACUGGUCCAGAAGAAGUCAUUCCAGGUGUUUCCCACAGGUGUAAAUUCUGUGCCUUGAGUUUUAAACUGAAGAUUGACUGCAAGAAACAUUUGAAAACACAUUCUUUCAGAAGUGUUAAUUUUAAAACACAUUCCUCGCAUGUAAAAAAACUUCCCACUAAUAUACAGUAUGUAAAAUGGCUUUGAAACAAUACUAGUAGAUGCACACUGUUGUACAGUGAAACAAUACUAGUAGAUGUACAGUGAAUGAAUAUGGGCAGAUGUACAGUGAAAGAAUAAGGGUAGAUGUACAAUGAAAGAAUAAGGGUAGAUGUACAGUGAAAGAAUAAGGGUACAGAUUUAAAUUUAACUAACAACUGGUCAGUGAAUCCAUCAAUGUAUGAUCCAGUUAUUAUUUUAAAUAUCUACAUGUACCGUUACUUGGAAUUCACACAGAGCGUGGAAGAAGCACGAUUCGCAAACCAUGCUGAAAUCAUCUACCUACGCCACAUGGCUUAUUUUCACAAAGGCAGCUUACUGAACCUGUUAUGAAUAGUCAGCAAGCGUGUUUUUUUUACCGAAUUAUCAAAAUUAAUGUUACUCGGAUUAUGAUCCACAUGGCUGAUUCUCACUGAGGUAUGACUGUUGUUGUAGCCGACAAGCAAAGUUGAUUGACUUUUUUUAUUAACAAGGAAUAAUUAACUCAUUGUAAUUUAGCGGAAAGUAGAUUGAUUUAUGAUACCAUAUGUGUCCGGUUGAUUGUUUUACCAAUUGGCUAGAUAAGACAUCAAUCAGCCACAUAGAAGACCAAACAGCUCUUUAUUCAGUGUUCUUAAUUCUUAGUUCUUAAUUCAUAGUCCUUAAUUCUUAUUUCUUCAUUUGUUGUCAUAUUUUGACAUUUGUACACUAAAAUUAUCAUUUGUAUCUUAAAAUCAAUAUCUGUUUUACAAAUCAGACAUUUGUCAUAUCAGAUUUGUAAAAUGUAUUUUUGUCUAAUUUAAUUUUAUUUUAAUAUAUUGCUAAAAUUAAUUUUAAGAUACAAAAUGUCGAAAUAAGACAACAAAUGAAGAAAUAAGGACUAUGAAUUAAGAAAUAAGGAUUAAGAACUAUGAAUAAAGAGCUGUUUGGUGUUCCAUGAAUUAGAAAGGCGGUCGAAAAUGAGCGUCAGUUUUAACAACUUCGUUUUGAUUAAUUAAUGCCAGAUCCGUAAGGAAUAAAACAACAAUUUUAUCUGAUUAUAUUGUUGAAAAUUAAAUUGAUAUUUGUGGAAUAACUGAAAGUGGCUAAAUAAUGACUGUUCGGACUCCUUGACAAUCACAGCUUUAGUACCUGAUGGAUAUUCUAUAAAACAUUGCGCUAGAGGUUCACGUGGAGGGGGUGUAGCACUUAUAUUUAAGUCAUCUAUUUUAAUAAUGUAAGAAAAUCCGUCAUGAACGCUUUGAUUCUUUUGAAAUUUUGGAUUGUUCUCUACAGUUUUCUUUCAAGGAAACUAGGAUUAUAACAAUUUACCACCCGCCCAAUAGCAAAUUGUGUCAAAAGUUUAUGGAAGAAUUUGGAUUAUUUCUGGACCAGUUAAUGAUGACCAAGUGUUGCACUAUUAUUUGGGGGGAUUUUAAUUUUCAUGUUGAUGACUCCAACGACUAACCGCGGUUGAUUUUUGUGAAAUGUUGAAUAAUAGAACUCUCACACAACAUGUUUCUUCUUCGACUGAUAAUGGUGGAUAUAUUCUCGAUAUGGUGUUAACUAAUCUAUGUGAUAUUAAACCGGAAAACCUCUUUGUCGCGACUAAUUAAUUCCUGAUCAUUUCCCAGCAAGUUUUAAUUUUAAGAUCCAGAAACCACAACCAACAGAGAAAGACUAUAACAUAUCCAAGGUUUAAAUCACUUGGCUUCAAGCAAAUACUGUUCAUGUAUAAUUCUAUUCAUACCUCUCAUAGUGUAAAUAUUUUCACAUUUAUCAAACAGCACAUCUAAUAUAUUUAUUAUCAUUAUGUAAAACAUUUGUUCCGGAUUUUAUGCAUGUUUGAUGUUGUUAAACAGGCAAAAUGUAAGAAAGGCCCCAGGCCUAAUUUUCUACCCUUUUGAAAUAAAGUGAUUAUUAUUAUUAUUA